AAAAAAGAAAUGUAGCAACAGUCACGCCGGAUUUCUCCAGUGCAUUUCUGCAACCGGUCGAUGACGACACCUUCAGAGCCCACGCCCACACAACACCGCUCCGCAUACACCCCGCCGACCUCCACGGGCAGCUCUGGCUCCUCCCGACGCCGGGAUGGGGGGAGCGGCCGGUCCCACCCCUCCCCCCGCCCCCCGCUCCCUCCCUCCUUUGCAUCGCUUCUCUCUCUGCCGCCGGGGUCGGCGGUAGCUGCGGACAGGCAGUGAGCAUGGCGGUGCGGGUGCUGCUGGCGCUUUGCGGGGUGGUCGCUGCCUGCCGGGCGGCGGCGGUGGUGGAACCGGGAGCGGAGGUCGCCAGCCGGCGGCGGCGGCUGAGCUCCGAGGACAGCAUCUCCUUCGAGUACCACCGCUAUGCCGAGCUCCGGGAGGCGCUGGUGGCCGUCUGGCUGCAAUGCCCCGCCAUCAGCAGGAUCUACACGGUGGGUCGCAGCGCCGAGGGCCGAGAGCUGCUGGUCAUCGAGAUCUCCGACCGCCCCGGCGAGCAUGAGCCCGGAGAACCGGAAUUUAAAUAUGUUGGAAAUAUGCAUGGGAAUGAAGCUGUUGGAAGGGAGCUGCUCAUCUUCUUGGCUCAGUACUUGUGUAAUGAGUACCAGAAAGGAAAUGAAACUAUUAUCGACCUGAUCCAUAGCACACGUAUCCAUAUCAUGCCAUCACUGAACCCUGAUGGCUUUGAGAAGGCAGCAUCCCAGCCUGGUGAACUUAAAGACUGGUUUGUUGGUCGAAGUAAUGCCCAAGGGAUAGAUCUAAACCGAAAUUUCCCUGAUCUUGAUAGAAUAGCAUAUGUUAAUGAGAAAGAAGGUGGCCCAAACAACCAUCUGCUGAAAAACAUGAAAAAAGCUGUCGACCAGAAUCCUAAGCUUGCUCCUGAAACAAAAGGUGUUAUUCACUGGAUUAUGGAUAUUCCCUUUGUGCUCUCUGCCAAUCUUCAUGGAGGAGACCUCGUUGCAAACUAUCCUUAUGAUGAGACUCGGAGUGGCAGUGCUCAUGAAUACAGCUCUUGCCCUGAUGAUGCUGUUUUUCAAAGCCUGGCUCGCAGUUAUUCUUCUUUUAAUCCUGCUAUGUCUGAUCCAAACAGACCACCAUGUCGUAAAAAUGAUGAUGACAGCAGCUUUGUGGAUGGAACAACUAAUGGUGGUGCAUGGUACAGUGUCCCAGGAGGAAUGCAGGAUUUCAAUUAUCUCAGUAGCAAUUGCUUUGAAAUCACAGUGGAGCUUAGCUGUGAAAAAUUCCCCCCUGAAGAAACUCUGAAGGGCUACUGGGAGGACAACAAGAACUCCCUUAUCAAUUACAUUGAGCAGAUUCAUCGAGGAGUGAAGGGGUUUGUCAAAGAUCUUCAGGGCAAUCCUAUAGCAAAUGCUACAAUUUCUGUGGAGGGAAUAAGCCAUGACAUUACAUCAGCCAAGGAUGGUGAUUACUGGAGGCUGCUUGUGCCUGGAAAUUACAAACUUACAGCCUCAGCACCAGGCUAUCUAGCAAUAACUAAAAAAGUGGCUGUACCCUCUAGCCCUGCAGUUGUGGCUGAUUUUGAACUGGAGUCAUUGUCUGAAAGAAAAGAAGAGGAGAAAGAAGAGUUGAUGGAAUGGUGGAAGAUGAUGUCAGAAACAUUAAAUUUUUAAAUUAAGAUUUUGGCUCUACAGCUUUUAAUCUAUUAUAUGUUGACUUAGUAUAAUGUACUGUGGAAAGUCCUUAUAUUAUAGAUUUUGUGCACUUGACAAAAAUUAACUUUGAAUUUUUCAGUCAUCUUUUGAUUAAUAUUAUUAAAAUGAACUACUGGCCUACUAGCUCGAUAAAUAAGUUAUUAGUUUUCUUUCAUAUUGUUAUAGAAAAUUUACUCCUAUAUACAAAUAAGAAAAAAUGAGUGAAUGUCUCUGCAGCCUAUAUGGAAGUACAAUCUGUUGUGUAUUCUUUCAAGUUCGGAAUAUAUAGGUUAACUCUUGAUUUUUUUAAAAAAUAAAUAUGCUGUAGCCAAUUCCCAAUACUGCCAGAAAUAUUUGACAGUGCAUAGUAGUAGGCAGUGCUCUUUACUGAGUUCUAUAGUGGGUGUUAUUGAGAAGAUUUAUAAUAACACUGAGUGGUGUAACAAUGUUUUAAAAGGAUUAAAAUUCAGUAUAACAUUUUGCAUGUCUCUUGUGUUGGGGCUAUUUAAAUAUAUAAGAAACAUAAGCUGUGUUCAUUUUGCUAAGCAGAAGGAAUCUGUGUAAGCUCCUUUACGAAAUAGAAUUAAUUUAGAAUUGAGCAGAGCUUCAUACAAUUGUUAAUGAUGUUUCAAGUUCAGGGUUUAAUUAUUUCUCAUUACUUGCUAAACAAAUUAAAAAUUGUGAAUGGGUGAAGAAGAGCUUGUGCUUCUUGUUAGUAUGCUGCUUCUCUCUAGAAAAAAAAUUUUUACAGCUAGACAAAAAAAUUGUUUUAGGUGAUGUCUGUUUUAAUUAGGAUACUAGCUUUUUAGCAAUUGUUACAUGUGUCAGUGGUGUCUAGAUAAUCAGCCAAAAGUUCACCUGUUCAUAGAAAGCUUCCAAAACGUUACAAUUUAGACAAUGAACUGGAAGUCUACUGAGGACACUCAUUUAGUCUCAGAAGCAAAAAAUGGUUUUGUUUCCAACUUCUGCUUCUUAGUCUUAUCUACAGCUCUAAGCCAGAGAGAUAAGCAAAUGUUUUUUCAGUGUGGCAAAAAUUUUAAAAAAAUACUUAAAGAUUAUUAAAAAACCCAACUUUGACUUUAAAAUAUCUUUCUUCCUCCCAUGUUUUUUUAGCAUAUCUGAAUUAACUUGCUAUAGCAUUUUGUAUAAGAGAGUGAAAUUUGCAGUGUCAGAGAAUACACAUGACCCACAGUGGAUGCAAGUGUAAUUCUCCUGAAACCACUGUCUCUAUGCUAGCAUGAUGCAGUAUGAUAGCAGCUAGGUGUCUCAUCUGUUUGAAAGUUUACACACUAUUGCUGGUCUGUUUAAUUCAAGAUCAGAUUUUUGCUACAGAUUUCCUUCCUCUGUUUCUUUAGUAUCACUGUGUUUUGAUCAGUAUAUUACUUUAGCUGGUGCUGCAGGAAUUCAGUACUUUCCAAACUAACCAACAAUGCACUAUCAUCCUCCUGCUAUAAGUGAAAAAUCACAUGUUCAGGAUUAGGAUCCAAAUUUUCUUCCUUUGGGUAUUUAAAAAUCUACUUAAAAUGCUUUAUUUUGAGAAUUUGAAAUUCUUUAAUAAAAAUAGCACUUGAUCCUUUAAAGUAAGGGGCUUAAGGUUUGACACACAUUGAUAAAUCAAACAGCAAUAAAAAGGCAUAAACCUUCUCUGAUCAAGAACUUGUGUAACCUGUGGCUCAUUUGAGCAGUAGAUAUUUAAUUCCCAGCAUCAGGGGAACUUUACUUGCUCUAAGUCAUUAUGCAGUGAUGACCUUUAAAUCUCCCUUACAAUGAAUAACCCCUGUGGCAAAUGAAGAAUCUUACCUGUAUGUGCCUUGAUAGCAACUUGUGGCUAUAGCUGGGCAGAAGAGCGUGCAGAAAGGACGCCCAAAUACACCAGCUUGGCUGUUUAUGACACUUGGAAGGCUAAGGGAGGUAGCAGAAAACACACUCUGUGUUUGGAAGUAACAAUUCUCUGUUCAGCUGAACCAGGUAAAAUCUAAGCAAACAUUACAAAAAAUUAAUUAAAAUAAGAGACUGCUGGCAUGUGGGUAAAUGGCUACAGGAGUGGUUCUGACCUGUAAACUACUGUAAUAAAUAAGCAAGUAGUAAAGCAAGUGGGUAUUUGUCAGAAUACCCUGCCCUGCCUCUUCCAAACUUAAUUUCAAUCCAAACAAUAUUACUUCAUGGUGUGAUGCCUGUCAUGCAUCCAGUCUUCCUGUGUGGUAGAUUGUGUGGCAUAGUUAGUACAGACAUUAUACCAAAAUGAUCUCAUUACAGAUUUCUGGUCCUUACUUGUAUUACGUGUGUGAAAUCCUCUGGUCUGAUGUUUCAUGCAUUUGCAAUUAAAUGUAGUGUCCCUUAAAUGAUCUCUUUGUUUUGCUCUAGAUGACUGCUUGCUAUUACUGUGCUGAGAACAGCUUAAGUGAUUAAAUGUUACAACACCAGAACCACUGCCACUGUUCUUGCUGUAGGUAAACAUCCUUAAGGACAGCAAAGCCAGGACUCUUAAUAAAUGAAUUCAUAUUAUGUAGC